CUAGCAUUUCUUGUAAAACUAGAAAUACUGACCAUUUGUACAAUACUGCUUUUCUCUAUAUUUGGCUAGGCAUUGUGAUAACAGGAGCUCCAGUCAUGCAUCCAUUUGGGGUCAGUCAACAUGCACUCAACAAUCUUGAGCAAUACAAGUACUCUGCAGUGGAUUUGUCUCCAGUUUCCAAAUACAUCAUGCAGCCAUAUUGGACUUGGGCUACAACUUUAUUUCCCAUGUGGAUAGCACCUAAUUUGAUUACACUUUUAGGAUUUGUUUUUAUUAUGGGGAAUGUUGCGCUUGUUUUAGUUUACAUACCAGAUUUGUCUGCAGGAGAACCAUCUUGGAUUUAUUUUAGCAUGGGUGCUGGAAUUUUCUUGUACUCCACCUUUGACAACGUUGACGGGAAACAAGCACGUCGUACCGGAUCCAGCUCUCCGCUUGGAGAAUUAUUUGACCAUGGUGUAGAUGCUCUCAAUUCAAGCUUUGGAACUAUUUUGCAAGCAGCUGGUCUAGGAGUAGGUUUAUCAGGAUACUAUGUGGCGCUGAUCUUUAUGGUUGUUACCGCAUUUUUUUUCUCAACCUGGGAAACAUAUUAUACUGGAACACUUUACCUUGGAUAUGUUAAUGGACCGACUGAAGGACUCCUUCUUGCCGUGUUUUCCCUGAUCGUGUCUGGAUUGUAUGGUUCGAAAAUUUGGUGGACUAAAAUCGACGAUAUAAUGAUAAUGGCACACCUUCCAAUUACCAAUUCAAAUCUGCGACUUAUUGACACAAGUGUUGGUACUAUAUUCCUGCUAUUGAUCAUUACUCAGAUUCCAGUUAGCAUCAUUCGAGUUCGCAAUGCUUGUCGGCAAAAAAGGCGCAGUUUUACCAUGGCCAUGCUACAUAUUGUACCUUUUGCUAUCAUUAAUAUUGCUAUAUAUAUAUGGAUUUCAGCUCCAGGAUCUAUUGCUUUGAACACUCAUGGAAUUCUUUUUUCGUGUACAUGGGGAAUAUCCUUUGGCCGGAUUGCUGCAUUGAUUGUUCUUGGUCACGUUACACAUACCAACUAUCCUUUGUAUCCGAUGAUUGUAAUUCCGUAUGUUAUUGGUGCUGUGUUGGCUCGUGGGCCUGAGAUAUUUGGACAGCAUCUUCACUUUAGUACUAUUCUUGGGGAAGCAGCAGAGACUAGAUAUAUACAUAUCAUGUUUGCACUUGUGGCUUUGGACUACAUGUUUUGGAUUUUGACUGUGAUUAAUCAAUUUUGUAAGCACUUGGGUAUUCAGUGUCUGCGUAUUUCACCACAAGUCAAGCGAGAUUGAUUGGAUCAUUGUAUAUUGACUUGUAUCUGGCCUGACGUUUGUUUACCCUCUACAAACGAUGAAUGCAACGAUUCAAAAUAUCAGCUAUAAUCACUUU